AAGUGACAUUGCCCUAGCCAGGUGAAGAUCUCUGAAGACCAUGACCAAGAAGAGAAUCUCUGUGAUUGGGGCUGGAGCCUCCGGGCUCUCUUCUAUCAAGUGCUGUCUGGAUGAAGACUUGGAACCUGUUUGCUUUGAAAGGACUGAUGACAUUGGUGGGCUCUGGAGGUAUCAGGAAAAUCCUGAAGAAGGAAGAGCCAGUAUCUACAAAUCAGUGAUCAUCAACACUUCUAAGGAGAUGAUGUGCUUCAGUGACUACCCCGUCCCGGAUCAUUACCCUAACUUCAUGCACAAUUCCCAGAUCCUAGAGUACUUCAGGAUGUAUGCCAAGGACUUCAACCUUUUAAAGUAUAUCCAGUUCAAGACCACUGUGUGCAGUGUGAAGAAGCGGCCUGAUUUCUCUACUUCAGGACAAUGGGAGGUGGUCACCGAGUGUGAAGGAAAAAAGGAGGUUGGUGUCUUUGAUGGAGUCAUGGUUUGCACUGGCCAUCACACUAACGCUCACUUGCCCCUGGAAAGCUUUCCAGGAAUUGAGAAGUUCAAAGGACAGUAUUUCCACAGUCGAGACUAUAAAAACCCUGAGGCAUUUGCUGGAAAAAGAGUCAUCAUAAUUGGCAUUGGGAAUUCCGGAGGGGAUCUCGCUGUAGAGAUCAGCCACACAGCCAAGCAGGUUUGA